CCACACAGGAAGGUAACACCAUCCCUCACCAUCAUCAGAGUGGAAGCCUGAGCAAUUUGAAUGUUGCUGUCAAAGAAGAGAUCAAAGAGGAGGAGGAGGAGGUUGGUGUGAUGGACAAGUUUUUAGAAGGACACACGGAUAUCAACAUGACAGAACCAUCCGUUGACCAAAAUCCUUCAGAGAGUUGUCCCAGUCUUUCUCGUUCUUUGGAUGGUACACAAGAAGGUCACAACUACACGCAUAAUUAUCAGAAUGAAGACCACAUGGAUAUAAAGGCUGAGGUGAAGGAGGAAGAAGGAAAUCAAAAUGUGAAGGAUGAUCAACAUUCUACGAAGGAGGAUGGGAUUUUGGUGGAGAUUAAGGAGGAGGAAUCCUCUCUGGAUACAAGUUCAGAUGGACAUGGUGCCAAUGAGAAGACACACCCAGAGGAACCUCCAUUUUUAUGUUCAGAAUGCGGGAAAUUUUUCACAUCAGAGGCCGAUUUUACCAGACAUCAAAAACGUCACGUUGAAGUGUGGCACUAUACAUGUAAAGAGUGUGGCAAAUCUUUCCAAAAGAGGUCGCAGUUUACCAGACAUAUGAGGAAUCACACCAACGAGAGGCCCCACUCAUGCUCGGAGUGCUCUCGAAGUUUUAAAUUGAAGAGUCAUCUGAUGGCACAUCUCAGACUUCACAGAGGCGACACCCCUUUCUCGUGCGUGAAUUGCGGAAAAUCUUUUACAUCCAGAUCGCGGCUUUUUAGGCAUCGGAUGUAUCACAUUGGCGUGCGGCCCUAUUCGUGUUCGGAGUGCGGGAAGUCUUUCACUGAAAAGUUCAUGCUUGUUCAUCACAUGAGAGUUCACACCGGCGAGAGGCCUUAUCCUUGCCCGGAGUGCGGUCAACGUUUUAAGGAUAAAAGCGUUCUGAAGGGACAUCUGAGGGUUCACACCGGAGAGACCCCCUUCCAGUGCCCUACGUGCGGGAAAUGUUUUACGCGGAAAGAUAUCCUCACCAUCCACCAAAGGAGCCACUUGGACAAAUUGCCGUACACGUGCGAAGAGUGCGGGAAAGGUUUUACGUGGAAGAGUACCUUCAUCAGUCACCAGAAGACCCACACUGGCGAGCAGCCUUUUUGCUGCACAGAAUGCGGCAAACGGUUCAGCCAAAGAUCUUCUCUUUCGCAGCAUCUGAAGCUUCACUCAGAGGAAGGUUCCUUGGCAUGUGAAGAGUGCGGGAAAUCAUUUCAAACAAAAUAUGAACUUGGCGUUCAUCAGAGAGGUCACACAGGCCAGGAGAUCUUUUCAUGUUCGGAGUGCGACAGAUGUUUUUUGCAGAAGGGACACCUUCUUAUCCACCAGAGGAGUCACACGGGCGAGCGACCCUAUACCUGUCCGGAGUGCGGCAAAUGUUUCUCACGGAAAGGAAACCUCCUUACGCACCAGAGGAUCCACACAGGCGAGCGUCCUUUUUCCUGCUCGGAGUGUGGGAAGAGUUUCCCUCAAAAAGGAUAUCUGAUUCAACACCAGAAAAGCCAUGAGGGCGAUCGCCCUUACUCCUGCCUGGAGUGCGUGAAGAACUUCAAAACCAAAUCUGAACUCCUCCUGCACCAGAGAGGUCACAGCGGCGGGCAGGUCUUCACCUGCCAAGAGUGCGAGAGGUCCUUCCUGAAGAAGUGGCAACUUAUCGAACACCAACGGGUUCACACCGGCGAAAAACCUUUUUCCUGUUCGGAGUGCGGGAGACAUUUCUCGCACAAGGCGAGCCUCAAAACUCAUCAGAAGCUUCACACUGGCGAGAAGCCAUUUUCCUGUUCGGAGUGCGGGAAAAGUUUCUUGCAGAAAGGACAUUUAACGAAACAUUAUAAAACCCACGCCCGUUCGUGCCAGCCGAAAAAUGUUUCUUAGCCUUUUUACAGGAUGGGUUAUUAUUUUCAUGGCUUAUGUGAGAAGGAUCUAAGGCUUGUUCUUCAAAAACUGAUCUUCGGAGUUUUCAAGAGUUGAUCAUCUCCAAGGAAUCCAAUGAGAGCUGUAAUGUCUCUGCUGGGCAAAUUUGGUCCUCAAAUAUUUAUAAUUAGAUUUCUUGAUUUUCAGAUUUAAGACUUGAGGAAUAUGUGUAGUAAUUCCACUGUAUGAGUCAAAGGUCUGACCAGGUUCCAAGCUAGGUCUUCUGUUCUUUGUUUAUCUCUCAGAAAUUUGCAUGAAAUAAUAAAGAAUUACAAUUGGCACAACUCAAACCCAGCGUGUAGAAUGACGGGAGAAAAGACCACCAUUUAAAAAUAAUCUUCCAAUUUCUAAGAGAUUGGGGGGGGGGGGGUGGAAGGACAUACGGAAGGUUGAUGGGGUUCAGAGGCAUCAGUUAUAAUUGCCGAAGGCAUAGACCGUCCUGUAGGACAAAACUUACCUUUGACGAUCCUUUUCAGUCCUUUGGUUACCAAGACCUUCAUUUGACAAUCGUGUUCAGUCCUUUGGCUACCAAGCCCUGGUGGAACAUCUUGGCAAGACAUUCUUUUUAAUGGUCCAGUUCAGUCAUUUGUCUACUAGGUGCAGCUGUUAAAUCUUGGAAAGACCUACCUUUGAUGGUCCUGUUCAGCCCUUUAGCUACAAAUCUUUUGACAAAUGAAGGUCUUAAAGUUAACCAGUACUAAGCCAUAGUAGAAAACCUUGACAAGACCUCUGACAGAUCAGUUUAGUCCUUUGACUAGCACGCCCUGGUGGAACAUCUUGGCAAGACAUUAUAUGUAAUGGUACUGUUCAGUCCUUUGUCUACUAAGCCCUGCUGGGAAAUCUUGGAAAGACCUACCUUUGGUCCUGUUCAAGCCUUUGGCUACAAAUCUUUUUCUGACAAGUCAACCAGUCCAAGCCUGGCCAUUUCAAACUGAGCAUAUAAUGGGGUUCAGUAGGGGCAAUCUUAUUAGAGGGGUGGAGAGUUUAUUUAGUCCUCUGGCUACUAAACCCCAUUGGAAAAUCUUGGCAAGGCCCACCUUUGAUAGUCCUGUUCAGCCCUUUGCCUACUAAUUUUUUGACAAAUGGCGGUCUUCAAGUCAAUCUGUCCAAGGCCUCGUACACAUGAUCGGAAUUUCCAAUGGAAAAAGUCAGACGGACUUUUUCCAUUGGAAAUUCCGACCAUGUGUAUGCCCCCUCGGAGAAAUUCCGAUUAAUUCCAUUGGAGAUUACAUAGAGAACAUGUUCUCUUUUCCUCCGAUGGAAUUCCAAUGUAAAUUUGGUCAGACAAAGGUCCGAUCGUGUGUACAGAUCACAAGUGACCAUCACAAACUGAGAAUGUGCUAGGGUUCAAUGGGGGCUAUCUUAUUAGAGGGGUGGAGAGUUUCUAUGAUUCUUCUAGAAAGAAGGGCAGCUCAGCAGAGAUCCGAUUUAUGUUUUGGAGAUAUCAGGGGUCGGUAUAAAGAACCACCAAGUGAGCAAACAUCUACAGAGCCUUGGGGCAAAGAUGAGCACCCUGAUUAGGACCUACAUUCUAGAUCUUUCGGCAGUCCUGUUCAGCCCAUUAGCUGUUAAUUUUUGAUGGUCAAGUAAAGUAAAACGGUUUCAAACGAAAUAUAUAUGGAAGUAGAGGUCUCCUCUUCAUGUCAAAACGCUGUGUAGAUCUACAGAUU